AUGGCCUGUAGUAACACGUUAACUGUUGAAGCUCAAAGGCACAAGAAGCCAGAUGGAAAAGAAGGGAAAUUUUCACCAGCAGUUUCUGGUCGUAGAAAGGCAAUUUUAACGAUCAAUGACUUUGGAAAAGGUGGUGGGGGAGGGGGUCCAUCAGAAUGUAGUGGCAAAUAUUACGAUAAUUCUAUUCCAAUUGUGGCUUUAUCAACUGGAUGGUACAGUAAAGGGAAAAGAUGUUUUGAAAAGAUAACAAUUUAUGCAAAUGGAAAAAGUACAAAAGCUAUGGUUGUUGAUGAAUGUGACACAAGUAGAGGGUGUAGAAAUAAUAUUGUUGAUGCUUCUGAAGCUGUGUGGAAAGCUUUGGGUGUUCCUAAGAAAGAUUGGGGUUGGCUUGAAAUAUUCUGGUCAGAUUAA